AUGCAUUGCACCCUCGCGUUUCUUCUGCUCACGACAGGCGGAUUGAAAAAUAGUAAUCUUUUAGCCUUGGUCAACAACUACGACCAAAAUUCUUACUUUAAUGUCUAUGAAAUCGACCACGUCAAAAAAUUUCCCGCACCUGGUGAUGGCACAAACAUAUUUAGGACCAAUACCGUUUAUAAUGAUGACGGCACGUAUGUUGCAACAUAUUGUUCGGAAAGUGCGAGUGGCGAAGAAAUAGUGAGAGAGAUUAGUCAUGGUCUCAAAGGCAAAUUUGAGGAUUUCAAGGGGUCAGGCGGAAACUACGGGAAGUCUAGUGGACGCUGUGUGUCGGAUGGAAUGAUUGCAUGUCAAUCUGCGGGUCAUCAAGCAAUAAAUCCGAAUGGCGAUAGAGGUCAGAUAAUUCUAUCAAGAACAGUCGCUGAUUAUAAAGUAUCACUGGCAUGGGUGGGACAAGAACUAAAGGUGUUCUAUGGAAAGCAGUCUCAAGUGUCGUGGCUCCCCUUGUCCGAUAUCUUGCCACAGGAAACUCUUGGAGGCUUGAUCCAUAAGAUCGCCUGGUACAAUCCCGGCCCCUUUGCGUCGGUCAAGAAGCUUCUUGACGACUACCACAAUUCUGCCACUCAUAGCGAAGGCUCCACCAGCCUUCAGCGUUUACACCGCUCAACUUCGAACAAAGAACGACUCCUGGGCAAACAAAUCAAGGCUCUAACGCUGCCUAAGCUAACGCAGACCCCCGAAUUUUUCACGUAUGAUGGCGUGGACAACUUCGUCGAUGACUUUUUCCGGAAACUGUUUCCCGAAAAAGCAUAG